AUAUAGCCCGCGGGAUCUAUGGAGACAUCAACUAGCACCCAUAAUCACUUUGACCCCUUCUAUCUCAUCAGAGCCACCCCGCAGACACCACCAACUCAAUACUGCAGUCUAAAAUAUACAAAAUGCCCCGCUCCGACGAAGCAGAAUGGUGGAUCAACGCCGUGUACGAGGCCGUCCAAGAGAUCCCCGCCGGCCGAGUAACUUCAUACGGCCAUAUCGCCCUCCUCCUGGGCUAUCCUAAACGCCCCCGCCAAGUAGGCGUUAGCCUCAAGCACCUCCCUUCCGACCCUAGGCGUCAAGACGCGGACGUAGAGUCAGAAGCAGAAGCAGAAGCAAGCUCGACCCCGUUCUUCCACUCGGGAAAUGUCCCCUGGCAGCGGGUGAUUAAUUCCAAAGGGAUGAUUUCGCAUCGGGGUCCGGGGAGUGCGGAACGGCAGGCUGAGGCGUUGAGGGCGGAGGGGGUGGAGGUCGAGGUCGAUGCCAUGGGCGAGUUCUAUGUUGAUACGGGGCGGUUUGGGUGGUUUCCGGAGGUGUUGCCGAGUGAGGAGGGGUUGGAUUCAGAGGGGGAGAGGAACGAGGAUGGGGGAGAUAGUGUUGGUAGUAGUGGGAAUGAGUUGUUUUGUUGA